AGACCUGAAGGUACCGCGACGGCGGCUGCGGCCGGAGGGAGGAAAGGACCGGAAGUCCUUCAUCUUGAGCGUCCAAUGCUGGAAGUGGCCUUCCUUUCUUUACCGGAAACCCUUUCCCAGGACCUAGGAAGACAGCCCACCUGGCCGGAAGUCCCACCUCCUUGAACUCCCCCACCCUUCCAGAAGUUUUUCUGUCACCUGUGUUUACCUCUUUCUCCUUCCCCUGAUUUAUUCCUAUACCAGGAAAGGAUACGUUUAGUGUCUCCCUCCCAAGUCCACUAAACGGGUUGGAUAUCUCAUUCCCCAAGUCAGGGUUCCUUCCCCCUGUCCCCAUGUAGCUGGGAAGUGGGGCCUGGGGGUGGUUGGACCCCUGGGAUCCUGGAGGGGCAGAGAGGGCGCAGAACUCCGCUUCUGCUCCUGCUACCAGGACGCGGCCUCAGCCUCUCCCUUCCCGCUGCCAUGCACCCUGCGGCCUUCCCGCUUCCCGUCGUUGUGGCCACUGUGCUGUGGGGAGCGGCCCCCGUCCGGGGGCUCAUUCGAGCGACCUCGGACCACAAUACCAGCAUGGACUUUGCAGACCUCCCAGCUCUCUUUGGGGCUGCUUUGAGCCAGGAGGGACUUCAGGGCUUCCUUGUGGAGGCUCACCCAGCCAAUGCCUGCAGCCCCAUUGCCCCACCACCCCCAGCCCCGGUCAACGGGUCAGUCUUUAUUGCACUGCUUCGAAGAUUCGACUGCAACUUUGACCUCAAGGUCCUGAAUGCUCAGAAGGCUGGGUAUGGUGCAGCUGUGGUACACAAUGUGAAUUCCAAUGAACUUCUGAACAUGGUGUGGAAUAGUGAAGAAAUCCAGCAGCAGAUCUGGAUCCCGUCUGUGUUUAUCGGGGAGAGGAGCUCCGAGUAUCUGCGUGCCCUCUUUGUCUACGAGAAAGGGGCUCGGGUGCUUCUGGUCCCGGACAGUAGCUUCCCAUUGGGUUAUUACCUCAUCCCUUUCACAGGGAUUGUGGGACUGCUGGUUUUGGCCAUGGGAGCAGUGAUGAUAGUUCGUUGUAUCCAGCACCGGAAACGGCUCCAGCGGAAUCGACUGACCAAAGAGCAACUGAAGCAGAUUCCAACACAUGACUAUCAGAAGGGAGACCAGUAUGAUGUCUGUGCCAUCUGCCUGGAUGAGUAUGUGGAUGGUGACAAGCUAAGGGUACUCCCCUGUGCGCAUGCCUAUCACAGCCGCUGUGUGGACCCCUGGCUCACUCAGACCCGGAAGACCUGCCCCAUCUGCAAGCAGCCUGUCCAUCGAGGUCCUGGGGAUGAGGAGGAUGAGGAAACUCAGGGGCAAGAUGGUGAUGAAGAAGGGGAACCAAGGGACCAUCCUGCCUCAGAGCGGACCCCACUUCUGGGCUCCAGCCCCACAACUCCCACCUCUUUUGGCUCCCUAGCCCCAGCCCCCCUUGUUUUUCCCGAGUCUUCAACAGAUCCUGGCUCCCUAGCAUCAGCCCCCCUUGCUUUUCCUGAGUCUUCAGAUCCCCCACCUUCUCCUCCCUCUUCCUCUUCAGCUGCCAUGCUGGUCUCCUACUCCCCUCAUCACCCCCACCCCUGGUGACCUAUUUUGCACAGCCUCUCCCUCUAGCCUUCUGUUGAGAGAUGGGAUAUUUCUACCCUGGGUUUCUCCCUUACCCAACCCCAUCCUUUUGAGGGGGCUGGUUCUAAGGGACUGGGUCUUCAUUUAUUGGGUUAAUAAAAUUGUUUUUGACAACUAA